AUGAACCAAGAAGCUUUACAAAAAGUCCUUGUUGAGAUGGACAACCAACUCAAUAAGUCUCGAGCAGAGCUUUCCAUGGUGAGUCUACAAUUGGAUAGGGUGAAUACGAAUUUAAAUGUAAUAUCAUCAACUAGAUCAAGGCUAAAUUUACUUAAUAAACCAGAUGAGACCGUUUGGCAAGGAAUAGGUAAAGCUUUUGUUGCAAAGACAACGGAACUGUACAUAAAAGAGCUAGAAGAGGACGAGAAGGAAUACAAAGAUACUGAACGGAGUUUGAAAAUCAAAGAAAAUUAUCUCAAUACCACUCUUGAAAAAACACUUGACGGCAUGACAAAGAUUAUUGGAGAGAAAUGA